GAAGAGUGACGUCGCUGGGGAUGGGGCACUGUCGAUGGGCUGCCAAAAAGCCGAUGGCACUAAGCUAUGUGAUGGAUGGUCUCGGACAGGGGACGAUGCAGGGCCGCUAGGCGACGGUUGGCAGGGCGGGAGAGUGCGCUGAGUGUGCCGGCCUGCUGCUGGUGGUGGCCAUAUGCGAUGCGCUCGCACGCCCCACGCCCGGCGGUGGCACCGCACUCUGCUCUGUCCUGCUGCCAUGCUGGUGCGCCAGCUGGGUGGCCAUGCCGCCGCUCCAGCGUUGAGCCUUCGCAGCGGCCUGCUCCACUCCGCUCCAGGCGGAAUGUUCGGAGCUAAGCAGCAGCCUGACGGUGCGCGCGCUUCGAUCUCGAUCGAUCAUCGCCAACCUCAGCAGACCGGCGCCUGCGCAUUGGCUGCGGCUUCGGCGCCGUGUUGGGUGCCAGAGAGGCGCGCUCUCUGGCCGGCAGAAGACGAAGGAGACGAACACGAAGAAGAACGGAGAACGCGCCGCACGUCAAUAUUACACGCACCCGCUUGUUGUCUCACGGCGGGCGCCUCUGCGUGGAGUCCAGGUCCAGCCGUUCGCGACGUGCCUCCGCGCAGCAGCAGAGCGGGCAGGCGAGGCGGUGGCUUGACGCGUGGGCCCGCAUCCGGGCGAGGGCAAGGGCCCCCGGCGCGCCAUGCACGCUAG